AUGCUCACACCCGGCUACGCCAACCGGUGGUUUCACUUCUACCCCGUCGGCAACACGCCGGCGGUGUGUCUGACCCAGGGCCUGCCGCCGGGGCUCAAGGCGGACAUGCUGUUGCUCGGCUGCGGCGAUGUGCGGAAUAUCCUGUUUACCGCGCAAUGCGAUGCCUCUCGAGAUAUGGACAUCACCUGUUGCGAUGUCGAGCCUGCAAUCCUCGCCCGCAACAUCCUCCUCAUCACCCUGCUCCUCAACACGCGCUCCUCAACCCCCGAAUUCAACAAAACCCUCUGGUCCAUCUACUACAACCCCCUCCUCCCCGGCCCGGCAACAACCCAAUCCCAAACCCUAACCCUCAUCCAAACCCAAGCCCAAACCCUCCUCUCCCAUUCCACCUCCCUCACAACCUGGAACUCCCCUUCCAACCCUUACUCCCCCCUCAUCCAAUUCACCACCCAAGCCACAAUCGCCUCGGUAGCCGCCGUUUGGAAGUUCUACGCCUCCGCCUCUACGACAAACAACGAAGAGACCCAAACCGAGCUCAAAUCCCUCUUUCGCAAGGCCGGGGCGCAUGGGAGAGAAGUCGGCGCGGAGUCCACGUCCGUGUUAGGCGUUGUGCGAGCUUCCACGCCAGCUGCGGUUGAGGGUGAGGCAGUGAGAUAUGGGGGGAAGUUGGGGAGGCUGUUUUGGGAGUGUGGACACUUGGACUUAGAGUCGGGUGUGGAUUUGGGGAGUCUGGAGAGUAAUAAGGCGAAUCCAAUGUUUGGGUCGCCGGAUGAGACGGUGAGGGUGCAUUAUGGGUUGGGGCCGUUGGAGGGGUUUCAUUUGGGGUGUGCGUAUUUGCCCGUUGUCUCGAUGGAGGGGUCGUCAAGUGGAACAGGAGAAGGACAAGGAGAGGGAAAAGGGGACAGGCUGGAGAAACUGGUGAACACGGCGAAGAGGGAGUUUGGAAUGUGGUGCGAUGCUUUUCGGGCGGUUGUUGCAGCCGGGAGGAUCAAGCUGCGGUUCUUUGCGGGCGAUGCGUUUCUGUUUGCGCAUACGUUGCAGCACCGCGCUAUGACGGGGUCGAGUCGGAGUGCUGGGUGGUAUCGGAUGCGGCAUGGAGGGUUCAAGCCGUUGGUGUUGGAGGAGGAGCAGUAUGGCCGGGAGGGAGAUGCGCCGGUGCAGUUCAACGUGAUUGACACGUCGAACUUGGUGGAUCAUCUGGGGGCGUGGAACUUGCUGGCGGCUGUUUCGCCGUUGCUGAGUGAGGAGUCGGCCGGCGCGACACUGUACACGGAAUCGCAGACUCGUCCGCCCAACUCGGCGGAGCACUUGGAGGAUGUCCUUGGGAGUGAUCCAAGUACGGUGUCGUUGCUGCUGGGGCUUGUGCCGGCGGAGUAUGUGACGAAUACCUCUCCGUGGCCGGUGGGUGAUGAACAGGCGCUGGAGCUGCGGAUUUCUGGUGGUAACGCCAACGAUCCCAACGAGCAGACCAAGAACCAGGCUCCCAUGCACACACGCAUCUCCUGGAAACGCCCCUUUUCCCAGUCUGGUCGACCUGGCCUAGAGCCUCUGCACAUCGACCCCGAAGAACUGGCCGUGGUGCUGUGCCGUGUUUACAACCAGCUGUACCCGGCCGAGAAUGUCCUUGCGUUGCUCGCGAACAUGUCCCUGAGCAAAGCUCAAGGCGCCUCACUGCCAACCUACACGCGGGCGGGGUUCGCGGCCGUGCUGAAGAUCAUCCGCGGGCGUGUCGCGACAGACUGGGACCAUGCCAUGGGGCUGUUUCUCGAGCUUGUCGAGAGGAAAGGGUCGAUGAUGAAUACACAUUACCUGCAGGAGCUGUACCUGUACAUGCAUCUGUUGAAGGUGCAUUCCGUCGAGACGUUUAGCGACUUUGCUGGUUUCAGGGCUGAGGUGAUGGCAACAUCCAGGGGGGACAACGACAACGAGACCUGGAAGAGGUUUCUGGCCUGGCAGAACAUGCCCUCAUCAAUGGUCCUAACCCUAAAAGUCCCCCGAUCAGCCCUCUCCGCCCUAACACAACCAGACGCCAAAGCUAUUGGCACAAUCCCCGUCCACGGCGUCGUACGGGCCCCCCUAGACCAAUUUCUCCAUGGCUGGGAAAACUUCUUUCCAGCCGUGCAACUCGCGUUCGGCACCCUUUCCACCAGCGGCACACCCUUUUCCAACUCCUUCCGCGUCAGCAUCCGCGAGGAUCCCACCGGCUGGCAAGGCACCAGCCCCUUGCUUGUGUCCUUCCGCGUCCCGUCAUGGAGCCUGUUCAUCGACCCCGACAACCCGCCGCUCGCUGGAUUUGCGAUCCAAAGCACACCUGUGACUUCUUCCCCGACAUUGAUCCGCCAACUCGGCCUAGAGCUGAGCGUCUUCCGCGUGGCUGUUACCGACUUCGAUGCUGUGUGUAUCACACCUGACCUGCCCAACCAAACAGGCAAUGUCGUCAUCCCGGGGUUUGCCCCACGCAGUCUGGUCUCUUCCUCUCCGUCAACCACUGACCCCCGGUUCAAACUCACCAUCACGGCUCACGCCGGUCCGCAGCUCCGCCUAUCCGGUCUGUCUGCCCGACUGGACAUUCUCACGCCCGCGCUCAAAGCGGCCUUGUUAAGCGGCAGUGCCAUCUCAGUUACGGUGACCGACCCGAGUCAUGUGGCCGUGAUAAUUGGGAUCGCGGCGCCGAUGGAGGUGCGUUUCCCGUUUGCCGUGGACGAGGGCAUCAGAGUGCGGGUGGCGCGGUCGUCGUCGUACGUCGAGCUGGUCGCGGGGGUUGUCUCAGACCCGUGGGAGCGUCCGCACAAGGCGUUUACCGCUCUGCUUAUAGCGCCUGUGGCAGGAAACGGAUCGCAGAAUCCCGUCUGCUGGACGCUGCCUUACGUCACUUUCUCCUCCGCGACACCUGCUCUGUCCCUCGGGCCUUACACCAAUCCUCACGACAACCCCCUGACCUUUCUGACCCCCCACCUCGCCCGCCUAUUCACCGCCCACGAACUCCAACUCCUCGACAACCCCCUCAAACUCCGGCCCUUGAUCGGCUCUCCGCCCCAAAACGCCCGCCUGUCCUUCAAAGAAACCCUCCAAGCCCUGUUUCUGCACGCCGCAGGGUUGGUUUCCCCCCCUGCUCACACCCAAACCCCCACAAAACCCAAAAUCAACACCAAAGGCACCCACUUCUCCAAAUCCAGAUCCCGCCUCUACAUCCUCCGCCCCUCCUCUUCCUUACCCUCCCCCACAUCGUCCCCGGAGUCAUCCCCCGACUCAUCCUCCGCCGAACGCUCCUACCUCCGCAGCCAGCUCCAAGCCAUGAUCGCCCGCAACCUCGGUAUGGUCACACUCUGCUGUGUCGGGGACAUCCUCCUGUUCCUAUCCCGCUUGCACCUCGACACGGCGCGACGCACGGUGUUGUGGGAUGCCGCGGUGGUAGUUGUUUCGCCGGGGGUGAUGGCGGCUGUGAGGGAUGCUGUUAAGAAUGGGGAUGUUGAGGAUGAUACGGAGAAGACGGAGUUUGUGGUGGAGGCGGAGGAGGAGGGGAUUUGGAGGGGGGUGUUGCCUGCUUGGGCUGAGAGGUCUCGUAUCGGCUGGGAGCAUGGUGGGGAUUGUGCUUACAACGAGGCUGGAUCUAGCGGGACGUGGCAGGCCCCUGUGUCCUGGGAGGGGAAUAAGGAAGUUUUUUGUGAUUGUGGGAAGGGGAGUUUCCCCCCUGAUUGGGCGCACUCCGAUCUACCGUUGUCGUUGUGGGAAAUUCUGAAACCACAUGCCGUGAGGGUAGCCAUUGCACCGGUGUUCGCGAGUGCCUUGGCCGGACCGCUGGGAGUGAAGAGGGAGGAGGUGAAGGUUACCUCUGGCGGGGCGGGGGACGGAGAAAGGCAGUGUCGGGGGUGUGGGAGCUGGGUGGCGAAGGAGGGGGGGACGUUGAAGGCGUGUGGGAAGUGUGGGGGGGUGAAGUAUUGUGGACGGGCGUGUCAGAGGGGGGAUUGGAAGAGGCAUAAGGGGGGGUGUAAGAAGUGA